GUCAUCCUGAAGACGGGAGAAGCCGAGACGGAUCAUGGAGGCGAACUGGUCAUCGCCGGAUCGAGGGAUGGCAGAUGGGAAGGAGUGGCCAACGUCACGAAUGUGGACUUCAUCAGAAUGGGAAAGCACCUGUAUCAAGCCCCGGCUUUGAAGUACAACUUCUUGGGGGGGCAGGGCAACAUGUCGAAAGUGGAGAACUGCGUCUUCAGCCACUCCCAGUCCGGCGCGAUCGAGGCCAAUCAUGUGUCCCACUUACGCAUCGCUCAGAACGUGUUCCACAGGACAUUCCGAAGUGCGGUGUGGCUGC